AUGGCCGCGACAUUUAGGCCGGUCAACAUCGAGGUUCACAAGGAGGAACAGAGGGCCCCAUCGCCAACGACGCCGACACCGACCAGAGCCACCUUUAGCCAGAGUCAACAACGGCCGCUGCCAACUUCGCCCUUUCCUCAAGCCGUGCAGAUACCCGAAAGUAUUGAAGAAGACGGCGUUCCGCACCGGGAGGACUCCCAGCGCUCCAAGAAGUCCAGGGGAGAUUCGGAAGAUAUAGGCAUGGAGGACUCGGAUGCAGAAGGGAACGACGAUGGUUCCGACGACGAAAGCGUAAACGCCGACGGGACCAAGUCGAAUAAAAAGAAAAAGUCGCAAAGAUUCUAUUGCACAGAAUAUCCUCCGUGUAAUCUUAGCUUUACUCGAAGUGAGCAUCUGGCUCGGCAUAUAAGGAAACAUACAGGAGAACGUCCAUUUCAGUGUCACUGCUCUCGUCGCUUCUCCCGGUUAGACAAUCUGCGUCAGCAUGCGCAGACCGUUCAUGUCAAUGAAGACAUUCCAAUGGACUCUCUUGCGGCCACAGGUACAAGGUUCCAACGCCAAAUCAGGACCGAUAGAGUUCGCCAGCCCGGGCGGGCACGUGCAUCGACGGCUAGCAGUGUGGGCGGAGGCGUCCGCGGUCAUGCCAAAUCGUUGUCAACGUCCAGCAUCGGUUCCAUCAGCUCGAAUUUCAGCAGCGCGCGCGAUGAUAUCCGGCGGCGCCCGCCUCCGCUCGUCAUGGCUGAUCCUCGGUCGAGACUAUCAUUCGAGUCCUAUGGGAGUACAGCCGACAGUCAAUAUUCAUACCGCCCCGUCUCUCCAAGCGACUUCAGCACACCGACAUCGGCAACCUUUUCGACGGGCCAGAAUAGUCCCAAAUGGGGCUCGGGCAUUGCAUCGCCGACUACGUCGCAUUCGCGUGCCCACAGCAUGUAUGCUCCGGGUUCGCGCACUCCGGGCCGCCGACUCAGCGUUCCCUCUACCGGCGGCAACCCUUUCCAGUCGCCUCACGGCCACGGACCACCGACUGGGCGCCCGCUCUUCGGCCCCGGCCAUGUCAACGGCUCCAUGGGGACGCUCUCUCCUUCGAUCAGUGUCAUGGCUUCCCCGACUUCGUCGAUAUUCUCUCGCCGCGACUCCAUCGCUAGUGCUGCCGAUGAUGCAUGGCGCCGCCGAACCUGGCAUCCCGAUUCCAGCAACUUUGCCGCAACCACCGCGAGCAGCCGCCUCAGCAACGUCAUAACGCCGUCACAGUUCCAGCCAGGCCCGCUACCGAUUGCCGACCCGACGUCUCAGAGCAAUAACGUGCGACUGCCUGGCAUUGAAUCGUUUGACCCGCUGCCUCAUCGGACAGCCUCUCCUCACAGGCGCAUGCCGUCGCCCAUGGUGAUCGACUCAGACACACCACACCAGUCAACCCUGCAGCCCGUGCAAGAGCACGUCGCCGAGGAUAGACCUUCAACUGUGAACUGGGACAUGGGGCUUCAUCGUGGACUGACCCGACUUGAUCUCACCUCCAACACAACACCCCCACGGGACAGUGCGGGAACAUGGGCUCAGGAAGUUCAGCAGGCAGUUGACGCCGAGGCAAACCGUGUCAGGCUGAACCCACCAACUGUUAGGUUCAACGAUCAGGUGAUUGUAACCAGCGCCCCGAGCAUAUCGGCACCAGCACCAGCACCAGCACCCCGCAGCUUUCACCAGCAUACUAUGUCGGCCCCAAUGAUUACACAUUCGAGCGGCAAUAAACGCCACGGCUGGUAUCACGGGCCUGUCAACGCGCACGGCGAGGCGCGGCCCGAAAAAAUAGCUAGGGUGGAGAGGAUGGUGCAUCCCAAUAUCAGCCAUUUCUCCGGCUUUCCCGCCAGAAAUCAACCUCCACCUCCGCAUCCUCCAUCGGCUGAGGCUGCCGGAGACAGAGACAAUAUGCUGCGCUUGCAGGCCCUAGUUGCGGUUGCGACGAGCGAGAACAGCGCAACCCCAGCAUACUAG